GACCCUCCUAGAUAAGCGUCACCGUAGACACGCAGCUGUAAAGGGGCGUGGCGUAGCUAGCAACACAGAGCACUCGAAGUACAGUCGCCAUCUGUUUACGAAGGACGUGAAUAAUUUGGAUUUGGACCAACGCAGAAAAAAAUACACGCACAUGGACGAAGCAGUUGUGGACACCCCAAUUCCUCGUAGCCUUGUGAAAGUGCUUGGUGUUGAGUCUCAGAUUCGAUCCAAAGCUGAGGCUUUCACCCAAGCAUUCCUGAAGAACAACACUGACCUACAUCCGCAACAUGAUUCAAAAACUGUACUGGGUCAUAAGGCAGUGAUCCUGAAGUACACCAAGCCGAAGAAAAAGACGCUCAGCAAAAAGAGACCCAAAGGAAUAAAUGCUCAGCAGAAGAGGGAAAUGAAGAUCUUCCAUAUAAAGAGUGAACACCAAAGAUAUGAACUUUUUUUACCUCUGCAUGAGCUCUGGAAACAAUAUAUAAUUGAUCUCUGCAAUGGAUUAAAGCCUACAAGCAGUCCACAGUCUGUGCAGCAGAAACUAUUGAAGGCGGACUUCCACGGUGCCAUCAUCACAGUGGUUCGUUCCAAAUGCCCUUCAUAUGUGGGCACUACAGGAAUUUUGAUCCAGGAGUUCAAACAUGUUUUCAAAAUUGUGACUCAGCAAGACAAAGUGAAAGUUAUUCCGAAGAGGAACAGUGUAUUUCAAGUAGAGAUAAAUGGCUUCAUCUCUUACAUCUAUGGAAACAAGUUUGAGCAGCGAGCCAGCGAACGCUCAGCCAAGAAGUUCAAAAUCAGUGGAACCAUUGACUUGUGAAACUUUUGUGCUGUAUGUUUCUAUAGUGUAUACUCAACCACUGAGGUCUGUUGAAUUUGAGUUAGUGUUUAACUCAAAUCAAAUCAAUGUUUUUACUUGACGUUUCACUUAUGUACACUCAAGGUUUGAAGGAAUGUUUUAUUAUGAUUUCAUUUUA